GAAGUGCAUAAAAAUGUAUUGUGCUGAAUGAUGGAACAGCAAACAGUUAAGAAAGAUCAUAGAAGAGUUUACAAAAUAAAAUUGAGGCGAUCAAAAGCAAAUGCAAGAGAAAGAAAUAGAAUGCACGGAUUGAAUGCAGCACUGGACAGACUGAGAAGUCACGUACCGAUCUAUUUAACGCACUCAGACAGCAAUUCAGUACCGCAAAAACUCUCAAAAAUAGAGACACUUCGACUGGCACGAAACUAUAUAUUGGCACUUACUCAAACUCUACAAGAAGAAAGACCCAUGGAAAUGUCUAGAUUCAUCAAUAUUUUGAGUUCUGAGUUGAGUCAGACAACAUCUAAUUUGUUAACAAGUAGUUUUUUGAGUAGAAAUGGAUACAGAUUACCUCAUUACACUCAUUACUAUCAAAAUGAUUUUGAAACCUUCAAAUACAAUCCAUCCGAUUGCUCUAAAUAUAACGGGUCACAAGGAGUUCACGAUGAGAGCUAUGGUCAUUUUUGGGAAAAUUAUAUGUCAACGAAUUACGGAUACAAACAUGAAACUAGUCACAACUUCAAAUAUUGGAAUAUCUAUAGUAAUAACGUUACAAUACAAAAUGGAAAUGAUUAUAAUCGUAUUUAUACAAAUAAUAAAAACUUUUAUUUCACUCAAUGAAUAUGAUACAAAAUCAUUUAAAUUUACCACUAGAUAAUAUUUCUCCCGUCCAUGUAGUAGUAAUAUAAAAGUUCUGUCCAAAAUAUUCAGAUGCUAUACGUUUUGAAACAACUACUUGAUGGAUUAUGAAAUUCGUAAUGGUAUGCCUUUUCAAGUGUCAUGGCCCUUUUGUGAGAAGAGGAUCUAAAAUUCAUAAAUCGUUGUGAAUUAGCUGCAAAAUAUUAAUAAUCCUACACAUCACCAUCAUCAAUUAUAUCAUACAUCGUGGAAAUGUAUUUCAAUAGGAUGUCAUAUGUUAAAAAAUCACUAAAAUGUAUGAAAAACUUCGAUACACCACUUUUUGAAUGGGUUUCUAGUAGUCCUGCUCAUUAUAUAACCUGACAGUAAUAUAAAAAUCUUGACAUAAGAUGACAGAACAAAUUUUUGUUAAGUAUUUUUGUAAUGCAUAAAAACUGUUGUACUUUUAGUGUGAAAAUUUUAGUUUCAUUGCAAUGUAUCCAAAAUGUAAAACAGGUAUACUAUGACCGCAAUAUUUCUAUGCUUUCAUAUUUCAUAAGGAACCAUUAUACUUAUAUGAUUUAAUUGCUAAUUUUAGGAUCAAAAUUUGGUAUUCCUAAGCGUGCAAUAAUAAAACCCGCAUCAUCUGUAAGUAAUACCUC